AGGUUGUCAGACAAACAGUGCCUCCUAAAUCACUCUGAUUACAGGAAGUGUAUCAGAAACAACUGAAGAACAGGCCAGCCUCAUAAACACUUCACCCUCCCCCGGCCACCGAGAAACAGAAGCUUUGAUGAGAUUUUAAAAGUUGAGAAUGGAAACAACCGAUCUUGUCUCGGGGGUGGCUGUAUUCGAAUGGCUCAAUCUUAAAAUGCUCCUGAUAUUGCUGUUAGGUUUCUUACUGGUGUACUACCUCAUCCAAGCAAGGACACCAAGCCAGCUUCCCCCGGGACUUUCCUUCUGGUCUCAGUGUGGAUAUUUCUUUACUCGUGACAAGAAUCUUCUCCACUUCAAGAUGGUUGUCAAGACAUACGGGAACAUUUGCAGAGUGAAUAUGUUUUGGGUCAAAGUCAUUAUCCUGAGUGGGUUUCAGACAAUUCAGGAAGCUCUGAUUCAGCACAGUAAGGAGUUUGCCGGGAGGCCAAAUAUGCGUAUUAAUGAUUUUCUGACAAAAGGCCAAGGCAUCAUUUCAGCCCCCUAUGGCAAGUCCUGGAAACAGCAACGCCGAUUCACUGUCACCAUCUUCAGGAACUUUGGCUUGGGGAAAAUUGCCUUUGAGGUGAAAAUUCAGGAAGAGGCUCGGUAUUUGACGGAAACCCUCAAAUCAAAGUUUGAAGGUCAACUAGUUGAUCCCAAGCCCCUUAUCACAGCUGCAGUUUCCAAUGUGAUUUGCUCAAUUGUUCUCGGCCAGCGCUUCCACCAUGAUGACAAGACCUUCACACGAUUGAUCAAAUUGUUUGAUGAAGCACUACAGCUGUCGUCAGGAUUCUGGAUAAAGGCCUGUGUUGUGCUUCCUGCUAUCUACUAUCUCCCUGGGCCACACCAGAGGAUAUUUGAAAACAGGGCUGCCAUUGAAGCCAUACUUCAGGACUUCAUCAGGCAGCACCGAGAGACGCGGAAUGGGGAAAACAUUCGGGAUUUUAUUGACGCCUAUUUACUGGAGAUGGAAAAGAAGCAAGAAGCUGACUCAUUUAUGCUGGAUGGAAACCUGCUGUGUAAUAUUUAUGACCUUUUCCUGGCGGGAACUGAAACCACAACCACCACCCUUCGAUGGGGGCUGCUGUACAUGAUGGCUUACCCCGACAUACAAGAGAGAUGUCAGAAGGAGAUAGAUGAAGUGAUUGGUCGGUCCCGUGCCCCAUGCCUGGAGGACAGAGCCAGGAUGCCAUUUGUCAAUGCUGUCAUCCAUGAGAUCCAGCGAUGUGGAAACGUACUGCCGCUUUCCGUUGUGCACACAACCACACAAGACACUAGAUUUAUGGGAUACACGAUCAAAAAGGACACCCUUGUGUUAUUAAACCUGUGGUCUGUUUUGACUGAAGAGCGUCAAUGGAAACACCCACACCAGUUCAAUCCAGAGAAUUUUUUAAACGACAGCGGGGAAUUUUUCAAGCCAGAUGCAUUCAUACCUUUCUCAAUGGGACCCCGUGCUUGCCUUGGAGAAAAACUGGCCAAAAUGGAGCUCUUCCUCUUCUUCACCUCGCUCCUUCAACAAUUGGAGUUCGGCUGGCCUGACAAAACAUCCCCUCCAAACCUGGAAGGAAUGUAUCAAAUUGUGUGGGCCCCACACCCGUACAAGGUGGAAGUCAAAUGCAGGGAGCACUGAGUGGUCGUCUGAAACUAUAAGACCAUCAGUCAUAGGAGCAGAAUUAGGUCACUUGGCCCAUCGAGUCUGUUCUGCCAUUCCAUCAUGACUGAUUUAUUAUCCCUCUCAGCCUCCUCCUCCCCAUGACCUUUGACAUCCUGCCUAAUCAAGGACGUAUCAGCCUCUGCUUUAAUUAUUCAAUUCAAGUUUAAUUGUCAUUUAACCAUACAUGAAUACAGCCAAAUGAGACAGUGUUACUACGGGGUCAAGUGCAAAGACACAAUACCAACAGCCACACACAGUAAGCGCACACAAGGUCAUAAUCUCGUAAUGAGAUCCACCCCACCUCCAAACCCCGUGGCCCUGUAGCUUGAUGCCCAGGCCUUGCACAUACAAGUCAACAAUCCCAUCUAGAAUAUCGGUAAAAUACAACGACGCAGAAUAUGCACGUAUAUAAUCCAGAACCCCAUCCCCCCAGCUCACCGAUAUCAUCUGUCGACCGGCCCACUAGGCAACUCCGCAGCAUUGAAGCCCAGUCCUUGCAUAGACAGACGCAUAUAAAAUAUUAGUGAAAGCACAACCUCACAAUUCUCUAUGUACAUAGUCCAGCUCAGAUCUUCAGUUGUCACAACGGUGCUACGCCGCCCCUGGAAGAGCAUGCUGACUUGGACGCCUCUUCCCCCAGUGGCUGAAAAGCUAGUGUCCCCACAGCUUGGGUCCCCAAUUUCACUCAGCACCACCACAAAAAAAUCUGCAGUUGGCCGCAAUAGAGCUUGUCUUCUGCCGAGCGAGACACUGGGUGGGCUGAGACGUCGCAUCCGUACUGCCCCCGGAGGAGUGCCAACAGUUUUGACCCCUUGCGGCGGGCAGCUGCGCGGCCACAAAUGAGUGGCUUCAGGCCUAGUCCUUGCUACGACACAGACUGGGAGCUCCCCCUCCGUCCACCCCUAUGACUACCCAAUGACUUGGUCUCCACAGCAACCUGUGGAAAUGAAUCUACCAUCUCGCUAAAGAAAUUCCUCCUCCUCUCCAUUCCAAAGGGAUGUCCUUCUAUUUUGUGCUGUGCCCUCUGGUCCUCGGCUUGCCCCACUAUGGGAAACAUCCUCUUCACAUGCACUCUGUUUGGACUUUUCUAUGUUCGAUAGGUUAAAUGAGAUCCUCUCUCAUUCUUCUAAACUCCAGUGAGUACAGACCCAGGGCCUUCAAAAGCUCCUUAUAUGUUAACCCUUUCAUUCCUGAGAUCAUUCUCAUGAGCCUCCUGUGGACCCUUUCCAACAAUGGCACAUCCUUUCUUAGAUAAAGGGCACAAAUCUGCUCACAAUACUCCAAGUGCAGUCUUGUAAAGCCUGAGCUAUUUUGGUUCAUAGGAAUAUAAGAAAUAGGAGCAGGAGUAGGCAUCUGGCCCCUCAAGACUGCCCCGCCAUUCAAUAAGAUCAUGGCUGAUCUGACCAUGGACUCAUCUCCAUGCGCUGGGGAUGAGGCAAAGAUGAGUGUUUCAGAGAUGACACGGGGGGUGGAGCAAUCAGCUGUUUAUCUCACCAUGACUUCACUCAAUUGAAGUCAGCCAUGCGACCCCUCCAGCCUGUCCUCCCUUUCGUACACCAGCAUUUUCCUUCCAAGCGAUUCACGUUCUAUUUAGAGUCACAGAAAAGUACUGCAUAGGAAUAUGCCCUUCAGCCAUCUAGUCUGUGACAAACCAUUUGUAGUUUGACGUGCACCCAGACAAUAGACCUCCAUAACCCUGUUGCCCAAGCUUCUCUUAAACAUUAAAAUCGAGCUCUCAUUCACCACUUGCUCUGGCAGCUCAUUCCUCCCUGUCAUGACCCUCUGAGUGAAGAAGUUUCCCCUCAUGUUCCCCUUAAGGUUUUCACCUUUCACCCUUAAUCCACGACCUCCAGCUGUCCUCCCAUCCAACCUCAGUGGAAAAAGCUUGCUUGCAUUUACCCCAUCCAUACCCUCAUAACUUUGUAUAUCCUUAUCAAAUCCCUCCUCGGUCUUCUGCAUUCCAAGGAACAAAGUCCUAACCUAUUCAAUCUUUCCUUACAACCAAGGUCCUCAAGUCACAGAAACAUCCUUGUAAAUUUUCUCUGUACACUUUCAACCUUACUUACAUCUUUCCUGUAGGUGAAGUGCUCUGGGUUGCAUUAACUCUCUGUAUAAUAUUCCCCCCUGCUGUUUGAAAAUGGAAAAGAAACUUCCAUUGAAGAAUGAAUGUAACUCUACAGCCUUUAUAAUUAAAAUCCACUAAUAUCUUACCUAUGUAAUUAAUGUUCAAUAUCUUAUAGCAGAAUUUACAAAGCAAAACAUGAAAAAUAAACAGUGCCAGAAUCAUAAACACGAGAGAUUCUGAAAUUCUGGAAAUGCAGAGCAACGCACACAAAAUGCUGGAGAAACUCAGCAGGUCAGGCAGCUUCUGUAGAAAUGAAUAAACAGUCGACAUUUCGGGCCAAGGCCCUUCUUCAGGACUGGAAAGGAGGGGAAGAAGGACAAGCGAGAAAGUGUUUGUUGAAGCCAGGUGGGUGAGAGAGGUAAAGGGCUGGAGAGGAAGG